AUGGUCGCUGAAACCGAAUACUAUGACCGACUAGGAGUGGCUCCUGGCGUCGAUGAAGCCGCACUCAAGAAAGCUUAUCGCAAAAAGGCUUUGCAACUCCAUCCUGACAAGAAUCCUGCCGGAGCCGAAGAGUUCAAAGAAGUCUCGGAAGCCUAUGAUGUUUUGUCGAACCCUGAAAAACGUGAACUUUACGACCAAUACGGCAAGAAAGGUCUCGAAGGCGGAGGUGGCAUGGGUGGCAUGGACCCCGGAGACUUGUUUUCCCAGCUGUUUGGCGGUGGCGGUAUGUUCGGUAAUCGACCCCGCGGUGGACCUAGGAAGGGACGAGAUCUUCAACAUCGAAUCAAAGUCUCACUGGAUGAACUCUAUGUGGGUAAAACAACGAAGAUCGCCCUCCAGAAGCACGUCAUCUGUUCCAAGUGCGAAGGUCGAGGUGUCCCCAAAUCAGCGACCCUUAAGAGCUGUGGGGAGUGUAAAGGAGCGGGUGUGAAAACGAUCUAUCGACAGAUGGGUCCGAUGGUCCAGCAACUGCAACAGACGUGCCACGAGUGUCAAGGGCAAGGCGAAAUCUGCAACACCAAGGACCGCUGCAAGACUUGUGAAGGUAACAAAAUCGUCAAGGAACGCAAAGUGCUCGAAGUCCACAUCGAGAAGGGAAUGCGAGAGGGCCAAGUGAUCACGUUCAGAGGCGAAGCUGACCAAUCACCCAACGUCACCCCCGGCGACGUCGAAAUCAUCAUCGAAGAAAAACCCCACCCGCUCUUCAAACGCAAAGAGGACGACCUGAUUGCUGAAGUGGAGAUCGAUCUGGUGACUGCGUUGACGGGCGGCGUGAUACCCAUCGAGCACUUCGACUCGCGCGCCCUGAAGAUCAAAGUUGAACCUGGCGAGGUCAUCAAGCCCAAUGCCACCAAACGAGUCCCUGGCUACGGCAUGCCCUCCGUCCGUUACCACAACCCGGGCGACCUCUAUCUGAGCAUCAAAGUCGCCUUCCCCGACUCGAUCCCCCCCGAAGCCUGCCCCGCCCUCCAAGCCCUCCUCCCUCCCUCCCGGCCGCUCCCCACCUGGAGCGACAACAUGCUCGUCGAAGAAGUCACCAUGUUCGACGCCUCCGAGCCCAGGUCGAAAUCCGGCGACGAGAUGGACGAAGACGACGAGGGUGGAGGCGGCGGCCAGCCCCAUGUCCAAUGUGCUCAACAAUGA